AUGCUGAGUUCUGCUCGGCCGAGUUCAGAUGUCGCACGAGACCUGGCGCUUUUGGCACGGUCUUUGGCGAAGUCGGACUUGGCGAGUCCACGUUUAAUGUCGGCAGCUGCCGACCAGAGCCUCAAGCAGAUCGAAGCGAGAGCCUGCGGUCCACAGGCACUGGCGAACACAGCUUGGGCGUUUGCGACCUGCGCCCACCGGCAUGAGCCUCCAUUCGAGGCCGUCGCAAGGCUCAGUCUUGAGACUAUCUCCGAGUCCGAUCAGCAGGAGCUUACCAAUGCAGCGUGGGCUUCCGCCGAAGUCCGUUUCAGGAGUUCGGGUUUCACCGAAGAGAGCUUCAACCUCCUCUCGGCUGCCGACAUGCAGAUGAGUCAGGAGGAGGCGGCACGCGGCGGAUAUGCCAUGGCUUGGGCGCAGGAUCGCCAUGGCCGUCCUGACCUCACACGUUCGCUGGUGCUGAGGUUCGUAGCAGGGGAGAGAUGCCACAGUCUCGCGUGGGGACUGGUUAUUCAGGACGAGGAAUGGCGGCACCAUGCCCCGCGCAACGGUGCAGCAGCCACACUGGAGGCCAUGGCGCGCAACGAGUUCGGUGGACACUGA